AUCGAACCACAAGCGGUAUUACAUUCUUGAAGACAUCUAUUAACGCAUCAAUGUUUUUCCGAGCAGUCAGUGUCUGGAUAUAUUGAUAGUGUUGGGAAUAUUCGCAAUAGUAAUCCCAAAAAUGGAGGCAAAAGAACACGUUUCUGGGAGUUCUAUAACCAUACAAACAACGAACAAAAACGAGCUGUGUGUUUCUCACUGCAAAAGAAAAAAAUACAUUCAAGAGUUAAGUAAGAAUGAGCAAGGCGUUACCCUGAAGAAAGUUAAAAUUCCAAAAAACGUUAUUCUGCGACGAGACGUAUCUAUCAUAGAAAUCACAUUAGAUUUCAAGAAAUCUUCUCUAGCAUUGCGUUAUAGUACAAUUCGGGAAAUCCUAUUUACCAAACAAGAGUACAAACAAGUGCACAAUAAGGCUACAAAUCAAGCCUUGUCUGCCAUCACGGAGCAGCACACUAAUAAAGAUGAGAUUCCAAUAACCUUUUUUGAUAAAAAUAUGGACAAGAUAGUUGAAGGAAAUUCCUAUAAAAUAACGUAUUGUUUCAUAAGCGUUUACAACAGCGAUGGUGUGUUGAAAACUACAGUACACACACAGAAUGUGGAAACUGAUGACAAUGACUCCCAAAAAAUAACGGGAAAAGCGUGUUUUGUUAAUGCGAGCACAUGUCAACCUACGUUCUUCUGUUCACAUGGCAAAACCGUGGUUCCUGAUGAAGAUAUUGACCAUGGUAUUUUAUCAUGCUGGCAUUGUGGUACAAUAAGUUGUAAAGAAGAGUCUACUGUUGCCAGGGAUGAUUCGUUUAGUUUCUUGGAAACGUCAUCGAAGAAAAAGAGGGUACUAAUUUCUCCUUUACCUUGCUAAUAGACGCGUAUGGCACAAAAGAAAAUAACAUAGAAGAUUUGCCUAUAGGCAUGCUUAGGUGUUAAAACGUUGUUUUCCAUAACGAAAGAGUGACAUCUAUUACUACAAUCAAACUUGUUCCAGACACUGACAUUGAAACCAUCACUUAAACUGAAUCUCACUAAAACUAGACAAUUAUAAUAAAAAUAUUGUCAUGUAUCAUGUUAAAUUUCUUUGAUGUUUUUGUUACAUAUUACAUUCUUGGCCGGUACCAAGAAUGUCUUAUUUUGUGUGUAAUUAUAAAGAUAUAUUUUUAUU